AUGGAGACUAACGACAAGCCUCAAGUAAACAACACAAAGAGAAGAGCUCUACUAAUUCUGAACUGCAUCCUCUUAACUGUAGGCAACUGCGGUGGCCCUCUCAUAUUGCGUCUCUACUUCAUCCAUGGAGGCAAGCGUGUUUGGCUCUCUAGCUGGCUCCAAACCGGAGGUUGGCCAAUUAUUUUCAUUCUCCUCCUCAUAAGCUAUCUCCAUCGCCGUUCCCACAAGCCCACCACUAAAUUUUUCUACAUGGAUACUUCUCUGUUCAUAGCAGCCACGAUCGUCGGUGUAAUCACUGGCUUUGAUGACUAUCUUUACGCCUAUGGAAUAGCUCGUCUCCCUGUUUCAACAUCAUCUUUGAUCAUUGCUACCCAGUUGGCGUUCACUGCUGGGUUUGCGUUUCUGUUAGUUAAACAAAAAUUCAAUUUUUAUUCAAUAAACGCGGUGAUUUUGCUUACUGUUGGGGCUGGUGUGUUGGCCUUGCAUUCCAACAGUGAUCGGCCGGAACAUGAGUCGAAGGGAGAGUAUAUUUUAGGAUUUGUUACGACGCUGGCGGCGGCAGCUAUAUAUGGGCUUAUCUUACCAUUGGUGGAGUUGAUAUACAAGAAGUCUAAGCAGGAAAUAAGCUACACCCUAGUAAUGGAGAUUCAGCUGGUGAUGUCUCUGUUUGCUACAGUGGUUUGCACUGUGGGGAUGCUGGUUAACAAAGACUUCGAGGCUAUUCCAGGAGAAGCAAGAGGGUUCGGGCUUGGGGAAACAAAGUAUUAUGUGAUAAUAGUGUGCACAGCAAUCAUCUUGCAGUGUUUCUUCCUGGGAGCCAUAGGAGUCAUCUUUUACUCCUCCUCUUUGGUAUCAGCCAUUAUAAUCGCCGUUCUUCUUCCGGUGACGGAAAUCCUGGCUGUCAUUUUCUAUCAGGAGAAAUUUCAAGCAGAAAAAGGAGUUGCUCUAGCACUUUCUCUUUGGGGAUUUAUUUCUUACUUCUACGGUGAGGUAAAACAAACCAAGAAAAAGGAUCUUGCUACUGAAACAGAAAUGUCUCAGACUUCUAAUCCAACGCAAAAUGUAUGAAAAUGGUAUAAUAUAGAUUUCGUUGUGGUUAUAUAUUCUGCAUCAAUCUUUUCAGUUCUUUUAUCUUUUUUUUGUCUGUAUUAUGCCCUCAUAAAAAUUUGGCCAUGAAUAUAUGUUGUUUAUCUAUACAACAGUUCCUUUUAAUUACAA